CCUGCAAGAUGCCAGCAGCCCUUGCAGAGAACAGCCAGGUUAUUUGUGAAGUAUGGGCAAACAAUCUGGAAGAAGAGAUGAGGAAAAUUCGAGAGAUUGUUCUAAGUUACAGCUACAUUGCAAUGGACACAGAGUUUCCUGGAGUUGUUGUAAGACCGAUUGGUGAAUUCCGCAGUUCCAUAGACUACCAAUAUCAGCUCCUUCGGUGUAACGUUGACCUGCUGAAAAUUAUCCAGCUGGGCCUGACUUUCACAAAUGAGAAAGGAGAAUAUCCUUCUGGCAUCAACACCUGGCAGUUCAACUUCAAAUUCAACCUCACGGAGGACAUGUACUCUCAGGAUUCCAUAGACCUCCUUGCCAGCUCUGGGCUGCAGUUCCAGAAGCAUGAAGAAGAAGGGAUCGAUACCCUGCAUUUUGCUGAGCUGCUUAUGACAUCUGGGGUUGUCCUUAGUGACAGUGUGAAAUGGCUGUCCUUCCACAGUGGUUAUGACUUUGGCUACAUGGUGAAGUUGUUGACAGAUUCCAGGCUACCGGAAGAGGAACAUGAAUUUUUCCAUAUCUUGAACCUUUUCUUCCCAUCUAUAUAUGAUGUAAAGUACUUAAUGAAGAGCUGCAAAAACCUCAAGGGUGGCCUUCAAGAAGUGGCAGAUCAGCUGGAUUUGCAGCGAAUUGGAAGACAACACCAGGCAGGAUCAGACUCUCUUCUCACGGGAAUGGCAUUCUUCAGAAUGAAAGAGUUGUUUUUUGAGGAUACAAUUGAUGAUGCAAAAUAUUGUGGGCGGCUGUAUGGCCUUGGGACAGGAGUGGCUCAGAAACAAAAUGAAGAUGUGGACUCAGUUCAAGAGAAAAUGAGCAUCUUGGCUAUUAUCAACAACAUGCAGCCGUGAGAAGUGCUACCCCUCGGCAGAACAUAGUUACCAUAUUGGCAGCUGCUGUCCUCAACCAUUUUCCCUAAUAGUUUCUCAAACAAAAGGCAUCUACAGUAUACAGCCUGCAGUUUUGCUGAAGAGCUGCAUCUUCAUCUGAAACCCAGGAGAAGAGAACUGACUGAACUCCUAAUGCCAGCAUUUGUGGUUUGCCAUCUUUUUAAUACCAAGGGCGAAAAACAGAACCUACUCUGUAUACCUCUGGUUUUUUUCCUCUUUAUACUGUACAGAACCUGCAAGGAAGACUUAAUGGUAGAAUAUUCAGUAGAGCUUAGGGUCUGGAAAUCCAGUGAAAAUGGACACAGACAUGCACACAUAUUUGCAAACUGUGCUUUAUAAAGCUUCUUUUAAAACUUCUGCAUGUUGUGAGGGUGACUGCUUCACCUCAUGUUUUGCUUAUUUUAUCUUUGCAUAGUCUGUGAAAAUUGCUCCCUUUGAUCACUGCAGAGGUUUGGGAAUGGAUGACAUUAAAAAUGAUCCUUGCAGCUAAAAA